GUUAAUCGGUUAAUUGGCCAUUUGGUCGUUACAGUGGCGUUGGAGAUGGUUCGAGAGGUGAAGCAUGGCGGCGAACGGAGUUCCUGCACGACUGCACAACCACCACCACCGUCGACGAAAUCGCCGGAGACGUCACGGAAAUCUCCAACCUUCGAUCUGCCAUUCUACUCUUGGCCGCCCAACUCCAGCCCCGUCUCUCUCUCCUCUCCUCCACCACCACAACCAAGCUAGGUUUUCGUUUUUCCCUUACUUUUUUAACCAGUCAAUUUCUCUCUCUCUCUCUCUCUCUCUCUCUCUCAAUUCUCACCUCACUGCAGUCAUCAAUCUAUCCAGAGCUUUAUCAGAAGCCAAAUCCUAUGUCUCCCCGGACCAGAUUCCACGUAACAAGCCUUUGUUGAGUUACUUGCUGAAAGACCCUUUUAAAAAACACAGAAAGGGAAUUCAGCUCAAGUUAUCACCUAAUGGGUUUUCCAGAAUCCAGUUUAAAGCAGCUCCUAAUAGACGAAGAAAAUCUCCUCAAUUCUCUUCCACACUCGUCUCACCCUUUCUCUUCUGCUUCUCUUUACCUUUCCCUUCACCAAAUUCCAGAACCAGAACAAAUCUCUCUCUCUCUCUCUCUCUCUCUCUCUCGUCACAAUCUUUGCCGCUUCGGACUCCAUCAGAGAGCCGUGCUUUGCCGAGAUCACAAGAGAAGGAGCUCCCGGAACAGGUGGCGAAGAUCGGGAAGAAGAAACGUGGCUGGAGAACUAUGCCAUUUCCGGUCAGUGGCCCGACAUCGAGUCCAUCUUCUCGUUCAACUCCAUUUCCGGUCAGUGUCUCGACACCGAAACACCAUCUGCUGUUCGGAUUUACAUGGACGACGGCGAUGUAA